GAUUAUACGACCAACAUGCAAUCCUUACUACGUUUUCGAUUGAGCCCGACACGGUCGGUGCUCCCACACCCAGCCCGAUGGAACUGCGCAUCCCGUCCGAUUUUACGACCGACUGCUGUUCCCUCUCGAUAUGCGACAACCACCGCAUCUGCAACCUCAAUCUCCAAUAAGCUCGAUUUAUUGGCCUUGGAUAAGAAGUGGCAGGAAAGAUGGCAAACAGAUUCCUUGAAGAAGCCCUCCAAGACAUCGGCGGACGGAGACGCAAAACCCAAAUCAUACAUCCUAUCUAUGUUCCCCUACCCUUCCGGGACGUUGCACAUGGGGCACCUGCGCGUGUACACUAUUUCCGAUGUGUUGGCUAGGUUUUACCGGAUGCGCGGACAUGAGGUCCUUCAUCCAAUGGGUUGGGAUGCGUUUGGCUUGCCGGCGGAGAAUGCGGCGAUUGAACGGGGGAUAGACCCCGCGGAAUGGACCG